AAAAGCUAUCGUCCAUAUCGAUAUCACAAGCAUUUGUCAUCUGUGCAAACAGCGAACAACACAACAAAUAGGCUGCAGCGGCAACAGUUUAAUUACAAGUAUUAAAAACAAGACGUUCGUACGUUCCGGCAACUGCUAACACUCACACAUCACCAAUACACACACACAGCUAGAAGAUGUCCUCCCGCAAAACCGCCGGACGUCGUGCAACGACAAAGAAGCGCGCCCAACGCGCCACAUCGAAUGUGUUCGCCAUGUUCGAUCAGGCACAGAUCGCCGAGUUCAAGGAGGCCUUCAAUAUGAUCGAUCAGAACCGUGAUGGCUUUGUGGAGAAGGAGGAUCUGCACGAUAUGCUCGCCUCGUUGGGCAAAAAUCCGACCGAUGACUAUCUGGACGGCAUGAUGAACGAGGCGCCCGGCCCCAUCAAUUUCACCAUGUUCUUGACGCUCUUCGGCGAACGCCUGCAGGGCACCGAUCCCGAAGAUGUGAUCAAGAAUGCCUUUGGCUGCUUCGACGAGGAGAACAUGGGCGUGCUGCCAGAGGAUCGAUUGCGCGAGCUCCUCACCACAAUGGGCGAUCGUUUCACAGACGAAGAUGUGGACGAGAUGUACCGGGAGGCGCCCAUCAAGAAUGGCCUAUUCGACUAUCUGGAAUUCACGCGCAUCCUGAAGCAUGGUGCCAAGGACAAGGAUGAGCAAUAGGCUAACUGUACUUGAUAAUUUGCCAACCGUUAAUCGGCUGCCAUAUAUACGCCUAUAUAUAUAUAUCCCUCCGUAUAUAUAUAUAUAUAAAUUUGUGUAUAUGUAUAUUCCGACUUCAUGUCCAACUGUCAUACGAAUCGCGUAUUUUAUAUGGCCUAUAUAGCAACUAUAUGAUAACCUUUAUGUUCAUAUAUUAUAUAUUCUUUUUUUUACCUGUUCUGUUCUUUUGAAAUUUACAUUUUAACAUUUAUGUGCGAUUUAUUGCGAAUGUGUGAACUGAUAACACGAUUUUCCGAUUUCCAUAAGUAUUAACUCAUAUAUAUACAAGCUCACACACACAUACACACACACACACACACACACACACACACGCACACGCAC